UGGCAUCUUCACCACCGCCACGACGUGCAUAUUGUUCGGAUUUUUAGAUCGAAUCAACAACACCACAGCUUUCAUUGGGCUGUCUUUCGCCAUCAGAAUAGUGGAGGCCAUGGGGAACUCCGGCUUUCUAACAGCAUCGUUCAGUAUCAUCGCUAUGGAGUUCCCUGAAAAUGUUGGUGCCACCUUCGCCUCCCUAGAGACCUGCUUCGGCCUGGGAAUGAUCGUGGGUCCCACGCUGGGUGGUGCACUGUUCGAGCUGGGUGGUUACACUCUGCCUUUCGUCACUCUGGGUAGCAUGCUGCUCGUCGCUGCUUCUUUGACCUACUGUAUCCUGCCAUCCUACGGUUCAGAUUCAAAAGGUGAAGCGCCAUCUGAAGGCAAUAUUAUCUCACUGAUGAAGGUCCCUGCUAUCGCCCUCGCUGCCUACGCCAUCAUUGCCUCUUCCAUCAGUAUUGGCUUCCUGCAAGCGACGUUGGAGCCUCAUCUUCGUCCACUUGAGAUGUCACCCUUCCAGUUAGGUCUCAUGUUCGUCCUUAAUGGCGCUACCUACGGCCUCUUCGCUCCAUUGUGGGGUUUCUUGUGUGACAAAUGCAUCAACCCCAGGUUUGUGGUGAUCUUUGGAGCCCUUGUGGUGAUGGCUGCUUUCAUCAUAAUAGGACCAGCUCCAUUCCUGCCCAUCCCCACCACAUUGCCCCUGUGUAUCAUCGCUCUUGUCCUUCACGGCACUGGGUUUGGCGCCGAACUUGUCGCCACGUUCACCAGUGCUCACCGAGAUGCUGUCCAAAAUGGUUUCCCCGACGACAUUCAGACCUAUGGCCUGGUCUCAGGUCUCUGGACCUCUACCUUCGCCCUAGGAGCUUUCAUUGGGCCAUCAGCAGCCGGGGCAUUGUUCGACUGGAUCGGCUUCUCUUGGGCGACCGUAUUCGUGGUGGCGCUGCAUCUCAUCGUCGCGCUGUCAUUCUCACUCCACAUGUGCUUCGGCAAAAAGAAGGUCAGCGCGGGACUGUACACCAAGAUCCACCAAAGUUUAGCACACGACCCAGAGAAAGCUUCGCUUCUUGGUAAGAAACACUCCAUCACCUCCAUAACAGAUUCCUCUUACUUCAGUGGGGCGUCAGACUCGUCAAAUGAAUAUUACGUGUAUUGAUCAAAAGAUCUUCUUAGAUGUGAGUAAUGUACUAGUCCUCGCACGUGUCAAGCACCCAGGGGAGGUGUUGGCAAGGUAAAUCAUGGUUUACUUCAUGGACAUCCUCUACAGUCCCACCGAGUCUGGCAAGUACCAGGCAUCUAGUGGAGGUGUUUGGAAGGUAACUCAAUGUUUAUCAAAUGGACGAUCUCUACACUCCCACGACACGAAGAUUUACGCAAGUUGAUGUGUAUAAAGCUUCACGACAGCUGUCCGCAACUUGAAAGAUUCCAAGUCAGAUGACUUCAGCGCCCACCGUAGAUAACCACCGCAACUGUACCAGAGUGGCUGCGCAGCGUCCAGAUGUCAUCAGUUAGUACAAGCACAGGUCACCGACCGACCUAGUACUGUGGUCCAGGAGAACAGGAGAAGCAGGCGGCGGAGAGGUGGUUCCUGCUAUCUUACAACACUCAGCAUUAUUGUUCCUUAGCCGUACUUAAUGUUGGUUUAACUAAGUCACCCCCUGCAGGUCUCAGUAGUAUUGUUAAUUAGUCCUAAUGGUACUCCUACCGACUGCUCAAUAUUGUUAUAAGUGUUGCCCUCAGGGCCUCUCAUCUCUACCCAGGUUGUAGAUAUAUCGAGUCAAACGUUUGUGAGAAUGUUGUCUAACUUAUAAAAUAAAACUGCAGUUUAUAUAAAA